AUGGUUGGAGGAAAGGCAACUAUGGUUACUUCUAGUAACGGUGACAAUUCACUUGCAUUAGUUCAUGCAGAACAGCCUCAGCCUCUUUCUGUUGCACCAAUAGCUUUCUCCUAUAAUGAGAGAAUACGUCCAAUACUUGAUGCUGUUGAGAAUCUAAGGCGUCUUAACAUUGCUAAAGAGGGAAUACAGCUUCCAACCAUUGUUGUUGUUGGUGACCAAUCUUCUGGCAAGUCUAGUGUUCUUGAAUCUCUUGCUGGUAUUAGUUUACCACGUGGUCAGGGCAUUUGCACCAGGGUGCCCUUGGUGAUGAGGCUCCAAAACCACUUGCUUCCAAAGCCAGAGCUUGUGUUGGAGUUUAAUGGUAAAAGCAUUUCCACUGACGAGGAACAUGUUUCUGAUGCCAUAAACAUUGCCACAGAAGAGCUUGCAGGUCAUGGGAAAGGGAUUUCUAAUGCCCCAUUGACUUUGGUGGUGAAGAAGAAUGGUGUUCCUGAUCUAACAAUGGUUGAUCUUCCAGGUAUAACUCGUGUGCCUGUUCAUGGUCAACCUGAGAAUAUAUAUGACCAGAUUAAGGAUAUCAUCAUGGAGUAUAUAAGGCCUGAAGAAAGCAUUAUCUUGAAUGUUCUUUCUGCAACUGUUGAUUUUACUACUUGUGAGUCCAUCAGGAUGUCACAGACUGUUGAUAAAACUGGUUUGAGGACACUUGCUGUUGUUACAAAGGCUGAUAAGUCUCCUGAAGGCUUGUUAGAGAAGGUCACUGCUGAUGAUGUGAACAUUGGUCUUGGUUAUGUUUGUGUUAGAAACCGAAUUGGAGAUGAAUCUUAUGAAGAAGCAAGAAUGGAAGAAGAAAAGUUGUUUGAGUCUCAUCCACUUCUUUCCAAAAUAGACAAGUCUAUUGUUGGUGUUCCUACUUUGGCUCAAAAGCUUGUCCAGGUGCAAGCUACUAUUAUAUCUAAAACAUUGCCAGAGAUUGUCAAGAAAAUCAAUGAGAAGCUGACUCAUAAUUUGUCUGAGUUAGAUAAAUUGCCCGUUAACUUAUCUUCAGUAGCUGAUGCCAUGACUGCUUUUAUGCAUGUUAUUGGAUUGUCAAAAGAGUCUCUCAGAAAAAUUCUUCUAAGAGGAGAAUUUGAAGAGUACCCUGAGGACAAGCACAUGCAUUGCACUGCUCGCUUGGUGGACAUGCUUGAUGCUUACUCAAGUGAAUUUUGCAAUUGUGAUGAGAGUGAUGCUACUGAGAAUUUUCUAAUGGAAGAGAUACAGGUGCUGGAAGAAGCCAAAUGGAUUGGUCUUCCAAACUUCAUGCCCCACACUGCUUUUGUUACUAUACUGCAGAGGAAAGUGAAUGGUAUUGCAAAGAUGCCAAUAUGUUUUGUUGAUAAAGCAUGGAACUAUCUUGAAACUGUGGUGACUUCUGUUUUAAUGCGUCAUUGUGAACAUUAUUUUCAGCUUCAGGUGUCUGCUAGAAGAGCUGGGCAGAUUCUUAUUGCUAAGAAGAAGGAAAGUUCAAUUAGGCAUGUGAUGGAAGCUGUUGAAAUGGAAAAGCAUACGGAUUUCACUUGUAAUCCUGAGUUUAUGCAGGAAUAUAAUAGGUUAAUAUCUCGUCAAGAUGCUUUUUUGAAUGAUGUUUUGGAUAACGAGGAUGAGCCAGACAAUGUAAUGAUUGAGGGUGUUGGGCAGGUUGAUGUUUGUGAUUUGAGGAAAUACUCUCAAGUUGUCCUUAGUCAAGCAUUUGAUUUGAAGGUAAGGAUGAUUGCAUACUGGAAGAUUGUGCAGAGGAGGCUUAUAGACAGCAUGGCUUUGCAUUUGAUGUUAAGUAUUAAAAACUUUGUUGACAAGGAUUUUGAAAAGGAGAUUGUUCAUGAUCUGUUAUCUACAAGUGGAGGAGGAAUUGAAAGGUUGUUAGAGGAAUCUCCUUCUAUUUCUGGGAAGCGAGAAAAGUUUAGUAGGAGCGUCAAAGUUCUGAGAGAUAGUAAGGAAACGGUAGCUAAUAUAAUGGACAGAAUUGGAAGCUAUGGUGAUAAUUAGAAGAUUUGCUCUAUGUUCCUCGCAUUAUCCAGUCUUAUCAACAAGCUUUUUAAUCUUUCUGGAACCUA